AUGGAUGCCCGAGCUCCCUCUGCAUAUAAACGAAGGUGUACGCCAGUGGACUGCAGCCCAAAAGAGGUCGAGAUUCGAUCGAGAGCAGUGGCCAUGAAAAUGGAUCAGAGGAUGAUCAUCGUGUCCUCGGCCGUCGGUUCUCUCGGGUUGCUGAGUGCCAUCCUGGGGUUCUCAGCCGAGGGCACAAAGCUCAAUGUUUGGGACUUGGUCCAGGAUGGAACGGCGUGCUAUAACCCGCAGAACCCGGCGGCCGGGCUCGGGGCCUGCGCAGCCAUCUUUCUGGUCAUAGCCCAGGUCACCUUCGCAGCCGUCGGCGGGUGCUGCGGCUGCUGCAAGUCACGCGCCAUCCCUUCCGAGACCAAACGGAUCAUCGGCGUCGUCUGCGCCGUUUCCUCAUGGAUCUUGGCUAUAAUCGCGUUCGGGCUACUGGUGGGGGGCGCGGCGUCGAACGCCCCCGGGGGCCGGGUUGAGCACGGGCUGUGCGACGAACCCAUGGACGGCCUCUUCGCCGGCGGAGCCGUGCUCUCGUUCGUCGCCACGGCCCUCGGGAUCGCCUCCUACGUCAUGCUCCGAACGCAGCCGGCCGCCGCAGCCACGCCCAAGGAAAGCGAGAAGAUGCCGCCGGGCGCCGCGAUGGGGCAGCCGCAGUUCCCGCAGCAGCCUUCUCCCCAGGGGCAGGGGUACGGGCUGGCGCCCAACCCGCACUACCCCCCUCCUCCGGCACAAGGCUACGCGCAGCACCAGCAGCAGCAGCAGUUCCCCCUUCCCCCUGCACAAGGCUACGGAGCGCACGCGCCGAACCAGCAGUACCCUCCUCCCGCUCAUGGCUACGGGGCGCACGCGCCGGAGCAGCAGUUCCCCCUUGCUUCUCCGCCUCCUGCUCAGUUCUAUGGGGGGCCGCACACGCUGAACCAGCAGGCCCCGCCGCCUCCCAAGGGAGACGAACAGGUGUAACGCGCGCCUUCUGAUCAACCAUUCCAUGGAUGGA